CGUUUGCGAGAGGGUGUCGCUUGUUGGGCGCCGUCCGGCAUGUCUUGUUUACGGUGAGGUCGGAAUACUACCCUCAGUCCAGCCAGCUGGUCGUUUCUGAAGAAACAACCAUCCCAUGGGUCAGAAAAAAAAGGACAGACACGGAGAGAAAGAGCGAGCAAGGGGAUGUUGACUUAUCCCUGUGACUUGCUCCCUCAGAUAGUUUGUCCAAUGGAUGAACAUGCUAUUCCCUCUAACAGUUUCUGUAGUGCACCCCCCCACAGUGAACCUCCUCCACCUCUCCUCCCCCUUUCCUCCAUCACUCCCAGCUGUGUGGAUAAUGGAAUAUCUGGACACGAGCGGAGUGGCCGAAUUCAAGAGAUCAAAGCACAAACCCCUGAAAAGCAGAGCCACACAGACAGCGGAACAGCUCAGGAAUCAUCCAGACUGGAUCCGUCGCCCACACGGAGACAAAGGGAGAGUGCAAACAUGGUGUCGCAGUCCGAGCAGUCAAGUGUUGAAGGCACACAUGUACUGGAGAAACAAAAGGAGCAGCUUGCUGUACAGCUUUUUUUCAAGGAUGGAUUUGAUGUCAGUUUAACAGCCGAGCCCCAAAAUCAUAGGCAAAAGACCUGGCAAAGCCCACGCAAGGAACCAAACGUCUCUGCUGCGGACAUUGAAGUGGAGCAGUUUGUUGAGGAAACCACACAUAAUCCUGACACCACUAAAUCUGACAUGGACGCAUGCAUGGAGGGAUUGGCUGUUGCUCCGAAGGGAUGGGUGAUUGUCCCCUUAUUUCAGUCGCUCAAGUCAAAGAUGGUCAGUUUCACAGAGAUAGUGAUGAGUCCUGUUAAACUCUUCAAAGCUAAUAUUCCUCCACCAUGCACAGACCAUCCAGACAAACUCGAUGAGGGUGAGCUACAGGCCAAUCCAUCAUCUGAUGUUGAACACUCGGAGCAGAGCGGUACACUUCAUCCAGAAGCACAAAGCCAGAAUAGGAAUCCGGAUGCUGAAGAUGAUCAGCAGAGGCUCAGUAAAGUAGAAGGUUCACAAAACACAGAAACUGCUGCUCUUAAAUAUUCAAAUAAAUUACUGUUGGAUGUGGAGUUGCCAACACACGGCUCUGAACAGUCAGAUGAAAGUGCAAUAACCCAAAAGGAAAUAAGCUCUCCUGAGCCUUUGCAACACUGUCCCUUACCCUGCAUUGUUUCUGAGGAAGUUGUCAACGGAAGUGCCUCACAUGAUUCCAAUGUCAAGUUUUCUGGUGUUAUGGAGGACCAGAGAGGGAAUGCGACUGUCCAGCUGAAACUACUGCCUAGGAAAUGUACAGUUAAUAGAAUUUGUAAAGAAAGAGUAAAGAAAGUUGCUUCUAAGUCUUCAAAAUCCAAAGUCAAGAAGGAAGAGUCUGAGGUUAGUUAUGAGCAGGUUUCUUUCAUGAAUUCUGUUAAAUCAAACAAAACUGAUUCCGUCUGUUCUACUCAGCCUGACACCGACUGUCCUCAGCUUGGUCAUGUGGAUGAAGGCAGAAGAUUAGAAGUUAUGGUUCGCCAAACACAUCAUAAUAACUUAAAUGACGCAAAUGGAUGGACACUAAGGCCUUAUGUGAAUAUUCAACAGCUGGAGUGUGGACUAAGCCCUGAAACUUACUCAGUUUCAACUCUUGUCCGAGCAAAGAGGGGUGUGGAACUGGACUGCGAUUCUCAAGAAGCUGUGAAGAAGAAGAGAUUGAUUGUAGAUAAAUCUAAAAUGGAAACAAAAAGACAAGAGCUUUUAAAUGUCGCCUCAGAAGGUGGCCUUUUGAAACCAUAUAUAAAUGAAGUUGUGAUGGCAAAUCCCAUUGAAGAUAAGGGAGAACCACUGAAGCCUGCUAGGAAAAGACAAGCUGCUUCAAAAAGAGAAAAUAAGAAAGGAAAAGUAGGACAAGAAUUACAGCCCGAGUUAAACACACAGACUGAAAGUCCCUCUGAUGCAAUGUUGGUUUGCUCUCUGGAUGAAAUCACUGGUGUGUCAGAAAAAAACCAAAAGGGCAGCAGUUGCACGGUGAAGCCAACGGGUGGCUCCUGCAAAAAACUAAAGACCAGGUCGAACAGUAAGGAACUAGAAACCACCUCUGCAAAAGAAAUUGAGCAGGAACCAUUAUCAGUGGUCUUUGUCAGUCCUUCUAUAAAGCCCCUCCAAAGCACAAGCAAGCGCAGGAAUAUCAACGACAAACCACUAAAACGGAAAUCGCCAACCCAAUCAGGUUCAGGCUUGGAAAAGGAACUGAAGCAGCUGCCCAAACGAUCCAAAAAGGCUUUAAAGGUUGCUGAUAAAUCAUCCAUGUCAGCUGGGAAUCAAGAGACAAAGCAGUGUGUCAAUAACCUUCAUUUGCUAGCCAAAGAAAACCAGCCUAAACAAGGCAAAUGUAAAAUCUCAAUCGACCCUGUAUAUUUUGAAAUGACUCCUUUUGAAAGUAUUCAACAACCUGUUUCUUCAUCCUCUCAACCUAAUGAAGACUGUAAUGUACAAUUGGAUAUUGAAGUUAACCAUGUUGUUGAAGGGAAAGACAGGAGUGCUGCUCCUGUGUCAGAAGAGGUAGAGGCCAGUAACCAAAGCAGAGUGACUGUGUCUGGGCUAAGGUCUAGUACAAAAAGGGUUAACAUUAAGCCAAGUAGAGCAGAAAACCACAAGAGAAAAGGCAGAGUUUUGCAAAGUAGGACUCUUGAAGGUGAGCAGGGGACAAACUGCAUCACUAUGGACGAUGCAGACCUGGCUACAGCGAGUUCCCGCUCCUCAGGGAACGGCACCUCAACACGCCUGUUUCGCAGCUACUCUUGUCCAGAGAUCCUGUCCCUCCAACCUGACGACACGCUCUGGACUUCUACUCUGCACUCCCCGGAGCUCAGCAGGAUCCGCUCCCCACACCUGCCCCUAGCCCCCCACACUCCUUCUGUCCUUGAUUUCCAGAAAGCCCUGCGGCGGGCUCGUCGACACACGGUCUGCAGCGUGGAGGUGGAGAGGGAGAUCGCCCCCCUCUGCCUGCGUAAGGAGGUGGAGAGGGAGAUCGCCCCCCUCUGCCUGCGUAAGGAGGUGUACCCGUCCAGAAGAUCUCUCCUGUCUCUCCUGUCUCCCAGUUUUGCACUUUCUCCCAGCUCCUCCCUCUCAGCUCUUGCUUCCUGUUUCCUCUCAAGCCCCUUGGCUUUCCUUUCCAAGAAAGUUGACAGUAGAGCAGCUGCAGUCAGCCCCAGCACGUCUGUUUCCUCCCCCACCUCCUCUUUUCCUUUAUACCCAUUCAUAUCCAUCCAAAAAAUCGACGACUUGAGAGCUCCGUUGGACUUUAGCAGCAGUGGGAAAUGUGACAUUGAGAGAAGACGACAGAGUAAGGAGGAGGAUGACGGCGAGGACACGAGCUCAUCCAGUCAGGAGUUUGAAGAUAUAGGGUUGAGAGAAGAAAAGGCCUUUUCAGAUUCUGAAAUCAAGGUGGUGCAAAAACGUGAGGAGCGAGGGAAGGUGUCGUCUAUUAGAAUUCGGAAAACUUUACCCAAACCUCAGAACAACCUGACCCCAAUGGGCCUGCCCAAAGCCAUCAGGCUGAAAAAGAAGGAGUUUAGUUUGGAAGAAAUUUACACCAAUAAGAAUUUCAGCAAACCUCCUGACGGCCGGCUGGAGACCAUUCUCGAAGUGCCUCUCAAUCGCAAAAAUGGCUCAGAGUCCUGGUUCGGCCAGAGGCGAGUCAAACGUUUUAUGGAAUUCUUGGAUGCCGGCGAGGUCCGAAGACCGAAGAAGCCCCUUGUUGGUGUCGGAAAGUCAGGAAAUUCAUCUUCCAGGAAGAGGCGAGGGUCCUUUGCUAGAGACGAGCCGCCCCUCAGCGUGCAGGACUCAGACUCCCUCCUCUGUGCCAAGCUCCAUCAGCUGAACCUGUGGUUGAUCCAUGAUCACAACGACAGUUGACAGCUGCCUCUGAAAAGGCUAAAUCACCGCGAGAGAUCAUUCUGUUAAUACGAAUAUUCCGAAUGCAUUUCCAACAUGAAGAUUCACAUGUGAAUUGUUCUGUUGUUGCCAGCACAUAUGAUUGUUGUUGUGAAGUAAUUGUUUAAAGAAUAAUGUUCUGUAAUAUAUAUGUAGCCCUGUGAGAAGAACAAUACAUCAUAGCACCAGAAAUGUGUUGCCUCAUAGAAGUUGGUUAUAAACAUGGUGGUAAUCGCAUUGUACAUGGCAUUUUUGUCAUUAAUGCACUUAAACCUUGGCCGUCCAUUUUCCCCCGACAGCUUUCCAUCUGUGACGAGUGAAACUGUCCAUACACAAAUGUUGCCAGCCUUAAAUUAAACACUUAUACGAUAUAAUACCGUUUUCAAUAUAACCUACUUUUUCUUUCAGACCCAAAGUUGCAAACCUGUACAACCUCCCUGGGUAAGUCAUCAUGCCGUUUUGUUACACUGCCCGUUUUCUUUUCUAAAAAUGCAAAUGCAGUAUGCAUCUGAUUUAUUUUGCAUUGUUGUGUUUGAGAGAAAAGCAUUGUAACAACAUAUUGGUACUGCUUACAUGACUUUAAGCAUUAUUGCAAGUGUAGCCAUAAAGGCAGCUAUUCUUUAUUGAUGCUGAAUGUAACUUUAAAACAUGCCAGCAAGAGAUUUGUAUUGGCUGUAGCCAAUCUCACAACCAGUGUGUAGUCAUGUCUGUCUGCAGGCGACAUGUGUUAAUCAUUCUACUUUGUAAUGUUCUUAGCAAUAUUUAUCAAUUGUGUUUGUACAUUCAUGGCAGAACAGGGUUUUUCUUGUCUAAAAUAUAGCGUCCUUUUAGAGAGCACUUUUAAUCAACAGUGGCGGUGUUGAAAUUCCACUGCUGGCUUUAUUACGUCCUGUUCUCUCUGGAUUGAUUUAUGGUGUCAAUGUGUAUUGGAAAAGUAACUUCUUUAUCUUUGUGUAUUUUCUUGUGGCUGCCUUAACUGUAAGACGUUCUCUUUUUAUAUAGGUGUUUUGUAGGUGUAUUUGUUAUCGUCAUUUAAAUGAGGAAAUUUCAAGCAACUCUUAGCACAAAGGUUUUUAUUACGAAAUAUUUCUUUUUAUAUACAUGUAUAAAAGUACAACAUAUUGAUACAUUUGACAUUAAUAAAAGUAUUACGGUAACAAGAAGAUAAUGCUGGCAACAAGCGCAGGGUCUUGUUCUGAUGUAGCGCUGCCAUUUUAUUUUCUGCAAGGACCCCAUCCUUGAUGAACGAGUCCGUUCUCCACCUUUUUAGAUUCACAGAUUUAAGUAAUGUAUUAACUUCUGGAGUAUAUACGGUAUCUAAGAAUGAUGUUAUUGUAAUGGCAUUUAAGGUGCAAAUAUAUAAGGGUUGGGUCAUUACUGGGGAAUGACAUUUUCUAAUCUUUAAUAUAUAAUUUGUCAUAGUGCCAUGUCUCAAAGUGAAUUUUAUAUGGGCAUUUAGAUUAGAAUUUUCCAAAUGUUCUCAUUGUUAAAUAAAUAUUACAGUAUGUAAAA